AUGUAAUAGAAUUCGAUCAGAAAACAAAACCCUUCGAAUGGGUGGGUCUAUGUCCUUAGAAACAGGCAAUCCAUCGACCAGAAUCUGGAUCGAUUUGAAGGGGAAAUGGAAGGCAAAAACAUCAGAAUUUAAUGUGAUGUUCUGAAACAAUACACCGAUCAAUUUAUGAGGUGUCUGGACGAGUUGAUCUAAUUCCCACAAGAAAACAUCAUACAUUAUCAAGACUUCUUUAUGGAUCCCCAAACAAAACAUUUAUAUGUGAUUUAGGAAUAUGUCCAAUAGGAAUCCUAUCUCAAUUACUAAUUGAAGCAUUAGUAACCUGACGACGUUCAAAAACUUAAGAUUUGUGAGGAUGUUGCCAAAGGAAUAUAUUAUCUCCACCUACUCAGCUACAGACACAGGAACAUAAAUCCUGAAAACAUCUGUUUUGUAAAUGGAUAGUAUAAAAUAACUAAUUUAAAUUAAGUUGUUCAUUUUAUAAUGAAAGAGAAAUUAGAUGCAGUAGGAGAUAGUUCUUAUUGGAAUUAAGACUUGAUGCUAGACAGAGUCUAUGAUCAAACUAUUGAUAUCUUUGCUUUUGCCUGUGUAGUAUUUGAAGUCUACACAUCGCAGAGGUUGUUCAAUCGAAACCAUCCAGACAGAACACGUAUCCCAUAGGAUAAAGUGCAAGAGCUUUCAAAACUACCCAACAAACUAAGUCAAUUCAUCUUUAAAGUCAUCGUAGAGGGAAAACCAGAAUUAGAAACCUAUAUAGACGAGCUUUAAAAAGAUGACUUAAAAAAUAGAAAAUACGAAGCAUCUUCGAUAGGGAACAAGCAAUAAUAAACUAGAAAUAUGAAAACUAAUCCUAUUGUGAAUUUUGAGUAAAAGGAAGUGCCUAAGUUCAAUAAUCUACCUCCAGCUCUAACCCCCUUUUAAACGAUGAAUGCACAAAAGCGUCCAUCCACUGUACUACACGGAAUUCCACAAACAACACAAUAAUUUAUCCAACCAAACAAAUUCCCAAUGGCAGCCAAACCGCCAGACACUUUUUCUGCACCUAUUUCAGCCAAAAUACCAGACUCUUUUUCUGUAUAACUUCCACCUUCAUAAUAACAAUUCUAAUUCUAAUCAACUCUAAAACCCAUAUAAUAAUCAAGCCCUUUCCCCAUGUUUCCAUAGCAAACUUCAUAAGAUAAAUAGAAUUAAGGAACCCUAAAACCAUUCGGCACUAUAUCGAAUAAAUUUACGAAUUUCCCCAUUCCAAAUAAUGAGUUGUCCUCAAUGACUCAAAAUUUUAAUCAAGCAAUCGUUCAACAAUCAUCUUAGCCAUUCGGUUAAAAUGUUCUUCCUUAGAUUUUUGAUACUUCCUAAAGUCUACAUAAAAAAAAUAAUUCUCUAUCCAAACCAUUCUAUUAAGAGAAUACAUACAUUUAAAAAACAGACCCAGAUGAAGACAUCUUUAAAUGCUAGAUAGAUACUUCGAAAGAAGAAAGAGAGAAAGAAAAUCAAAGGUAGGCUAAAGAUAUCAGCGAUAUAUCCAAGUUGGUACGACCAGAACAUUAGGAGAAAAUGGUGAAAGAAUAUUUAGAUUUAAAAAAACAAAAUCCCAAUUGGACAGUAUGUUAAAUCUUGACGGAAAUUAUUGAUAAAAUGGUGAGAAAUAAAUUGUGACUUCAAAGUUAUUGAAUAGCAUUAUUCUAUAUAAAUAAUAAUUCAAUAAUCAAUCAUUAA